AUGGUUGUGCUGCGAAUCAUCGGGGACGAAUGGUCGUGGGAAGAUCGUAUCGCCCUUGCGAUGCCUCCGCAAAAAAUGUUUAUGAUGUGCAUUCCGCUGCUGAUAUCCAAACUUGGCGUGGAGAAGUGGAAUGGUUUUGUGCUCUACAAGACGGAGGGAAAGCCACCGAAGUACUGCCGCGCAACGACGCCGGUGGAUAUGGCGAGCAAUCCGCAGCGGGAACGCCUGCGGGACGGGGCAGUGCUGUGGGUGCGCGUGGCCGUUUCACCCACGCAGCAGGAGCGGGAUCGUGUCUUUCAAAAGGCACUGGAGGAAUGGCGGGGAAGGAACGGGCUGAAGGGAGUUUCAGUCGAUGGCAGCGACGUGAGGCGCUUCACCGAGGAGUUGAAUUCGCACCUGAACACCACGGACGCUGCCGUUGUAAAUGCCGAGGAGUGCGAAGAACGAAGCGCGAUCGAGGGGGAGGAGCACCGCCUGUUUUUCCACAUGACGAUGGUUGCGGUUGAGAGGGAGAAGCUGCGACGAGAGGAGGCAGACCAGCGACGAGGUCUGGAGGACGCGUACAAGUCUGCGGCGGAACGCCACUACCGUCAGCACAGGCUAUUGGUGUUUUGCACGCGCGCUGUGGAAUUGGCCGCAUGUGAGAAGAAGAGCCGCCACUUGGUUCAGGAAGGGCAAUGGAGGGAGUUUGAAUCAUUGCAGGGAAGGUUCCAGAAAAACAUCUCUGCGCUUGCAAAGCCACCACCUGGGCAACAGAAUCAGGCAAGGGGAGAGGUACAGGACCAGGGACAAACUUUGGGGGCAGGUGUCGACGCCGCGGCGCUGCUAUCGCUAUUGCGCGCGGAACUGCAAAGGCUGUUGGGACCCUUGGAACAGGUCUACCGUGAAACGGUGGAGCUUCUCGAGAAGCAAAGAAAGACCACGGUCCGUGACAAUGAGAAUUUUCUUGCAUGUUUGCGACAGUACAUCAGUAGCCUUCUCCGCGUCAUCCGUAGUGAGGUGAGGCAGUCGGGCUCAUCUUUGCUGUCAGUCCCAGCUGAGACGAUGGGCAUGGAGGAGCUUACGGAGGCACUGCAGCAGCAGCAAGGUCUGCUGAAGGAGUUGACACAACAGUACCGUGAUGUGGAGGCGCAGACAUCGAGUGCUCUUGAAGAGCCCACCUGGCGGGUGACGUUGGAGGUCGUCCAUGUGGCUCAGCUAAACAUGUGUCGAUAUCUAGAAUCCUUGCGGGACCUGGUGAGCGCGGCGCAAUCAUCAUGGCGCGUCGUGGAGCAAGCAGAGGAGACUGAAGCCCGGGAAAGGGCGGAACUUGCACAGAGGGCGCCGGAGAAAAGGCGGCACGACGAGCCAAAGAGGGCGGAUAAUUUCUCGGAGAGUGUGGAAGUGGCGUCUUCAGCCAGGGAGCGGAUGCAGGACCGGGGAACUUCUGAGGAGGACAGGCAUCUCAGAGUUCACCCAGACGUGUACAACAUGUUGUUGUUGUUUGUAUCGCAGUAUGUCGAGUUCUCCAGCUGGAGCUCAAGCCCUGGAGACGAGGGCGGCCGUGGCUUUUUGGAUGACUUGCUGCGUAAUUGCGGAUCGUUGCAGGUUGCUGUCGAUGAACUCUGUUGGACGUGCAAGGUGUUGCCCCACCCCAUGCGGAGAGAGUUUCUCCACGUGGUUGAGGCCCACGCCCCGCACUUGGCGGCAGUGGUGGACCUCAUGCUACACCUCUAUACUGGGAAAGAGGUGGAACUUCUGCUAUGGAUAAGGCCUGAAUUGAAGCUUCGGGGUGGGUUUGCAAAAUACCAGACCGAGGAUGGCUCCACGUACUAUCAUCAUACAACUCUUGGGCUGAGCCAGUGGCUACGGCCUGCCACCCACCGUACCACUCAGUGA